AUAAUGAUGGAUAAUGUUUCAGUUAUGACUGUGUUUACUCUGUCGGGGUUGAAUGGCACAGCGAACCACAGAGUCACUCUCUUCUGCCUCACUCUGUUGUGUUACUGUGUGAUUUGGCUGAUUAAUGUGACUAUCAUUGUUGCCGUCAUUGUAGACAAAAGCCUUCACGAGCCCAUGUACAUCUUCCUGUGUAAUCUCUGCAUCAAUGGACUUUAUGGGACAUCAGGCUUUUACCCCAAAUUCCUCAUGGAUCUGUUGUCUCCUUCUCAUGUCAUUUCUUACACCGGAUGCCUGCUACAGGGAUUUGUGAUACACUCCUCAGCUUGUGGUGACUUCACUAUCCUAGCUCUGAUGGCCUAUGACAGAUAUAUGGCAAUAUGUCGUCCUCUGGUGUACCACUCUGUUAUGACCAAACAAAGAGUGUGUUUGUUAGUGUUUUUGACCUGGCUUUUGCCACUUUAUUUGAUGUUCAUGAGCACAAUAACAACAGCAAGAUCAACAUUAUGUGGCUCACACAUACCCAAGAUCUACUGUGCUAACUGGUUUAUUGGAAAACUAGCUUGCUCUAUGUCAAUUGCCAACAUUGUUAUUCCAUAUUUUGGUAUUGGUAUUUAUUUGUCCCAUGCUAUUUUUGUUGUUUGGACUUAUAUGUUUUUAACAAAAACAUGUGUAAAGUCGAAAAAAAACAGGAGGAAGUUUGUACAAACAUGUGUGCCACAUUUAUGCUCUGUAGUCAAUGUUGUUGUUUCUGUGUUUGUUGAUUUAAUGUACAUGCGGUUUGGCUCAAAAGAGUUAUCACAAGACCUCCAAAACUUCAUGUCAAUAGAAUUUCUCUUGAUUCCUCCAAUUGUCAAUCCUCUAAUAUAUGGUUUCAAAAUGACAAAAAUCAGAAACAGAAUUCUGAGUUUUGCCUGUAGUUUAGGUUGGAAAGUAUCAUAA